GAGGGGCGGGGCGGUGGCCGGGGGCGCCCGCCCCUCCCACUGCGGGCGGCCGGGCUGGCGGCACUGAGCCCCCUGCGCGCGGCACAUGGGGCGCCUGACAGAGGCGGCGGCAGCGGGCGGCGGCGCUUCAGAGGCGCGCUCGGCCGGGCCCCCUCCCACUCCCCUGCCCCUGUCGUCCACCUCCCCCGGGUGCGCGGCCACCAUGGCGUCCAGCGAGGAGGACGGCGCCAACGGCGGCUCCUCCGAGGCCGGCGAGGAGAGGGAGGCCGCGGGCAAGAGGAGGCGCCUGGGCUUGUUGGCCACCACCUGGCUCACCUUCUACAACAUCGCUAUGACCGCGGGGUGGUUGGUACUAGCUAUUGCCAUGGUACGUUUCUAUAUGGAAAAAGGAACACACGUAGGUUUAUAUAAAAGCAUUCAGAAGACACUUAAAUUUUUCCAGACGUUUGCCUUGCUUGAGAUAGUCCACUGUCUUAUUGGAAUUGUACCUACUUCUGUGCUUGUGGUUGGGGUCCAAGUGAGUUCAAGGAUCUUUAUGGUGUGGCUCGUUACUCACAGUAUAAAACCAAUCCAGAAUGAGGAGAGUGUGGUGCUCUUUCUGGUCGCGUGGACGGUGACAGAGAUCACUCGCUAUUCCUUCUACACAUUCAGUCUUCUCGACCACUUGCCGUACUUCAUUAAAUGGGCCAGAUAUAAUUUUUUUAUCAUCUUAUAUCCUGUUGGAGUUGCUGGUGAACUUCUAACGAUAUACGCUGCCUUACCAUAUGUGAAGAAAACGGGAAUGUUCUCAAUAAGACUUCCUAAUAAAUACAAUGUCUCUUUUGACUACUAUUACUUUCUUCUGAUAACCAUGGUCUCCUAUAUACCAUUGUUUCCACAACUCUACUUCCAUAUGUUACGUCAGAGGAGAAAGGUGCUUCACGGAGAAGUGAUUGUUGAAAAGGAUGAUUAAAUGAUCCCUACAACAAGGUGCUUUUUCUGGAAUAACCAGGAUUGAGUCCAAGUUUUAAUAACAAGAAUAAACAGCUUCAUGAAAUAUUGCGGAUUGUAUUAUUUACUAAACUCUUCCUUGGAACACGUGGUAUUGGCUUGUAUCUUUCUCCUUGUUGUGACUAGGUCCAUUUUCUACAAGAACGAUGCAAGUCUUUAUUAUCAACUCUUAGGUAGGUGAUGAUCAUUAAAAAAAUAAUUGGAUGUAUUACCUAGAAGAAGAAAACUUCAAAAAAAAAUUACUCAAUUUUUUGCAAUGUACGUGCAAAGCUUUUUAAAUCAAUACUUCGAAAUUAGUUUAAUGAUUUAACAUUAUGGUGCCUGCCAGUGAUAUUUAUGUGAUAUUUAUCAAUGGAACUCAACACAGAAUUAUAAUCAGUUAUUAAUAAUGUAUUGGUAUUUCUUGAACUCAAGAUCUAUGUCUCAUAUUUUUGAUUAAUAACAGUUUUUUGGUUAUAAAGUCAUAUUUUGAUUAAUAACAGUUUUUGGAAACAUGGCCUUAAUUUGCUAUGGUAAAUCCUUUGAUAUAGAUAAGGUAGCUAUAUACAAAAAUAUUCAGGUAGGUGUCACAAUUGGAAAAUAUAUUUUAGAAAUAUGUUUAGGCCGUAGAAAUUACUUAUACUGCUAAACGAUUGCGUUUUGAUUUGAAUUAACUACUCGAGGUCAGCCUUCUCAACUACAGGGAUAUUAAUGGGUUAGAAAGGAUGUAAGUAUAUACUUGGCCUGAUUUGUAAAAAAAAAAAAAGACACUACAUUGGGUUUGAUGGUCACGUUGGGUCUGUUACAUUCAGAACUCUGGCUUUAAAAGGCUGCUCUAUACCGAGGCAUCAUUUAAUAAAAACCAUCUUAUGAUAAUCCCUUUAUGGUACUUAGGUAACAAAAAGCUUUAGGGUAUGCUCUGAAAUAGACUCAUUUUAUUCCGAAUUCCAUUAAAUAGCAAAAAGUCUUAUAAUAAAUCUUCUAUGUGUUUAAUAGAAAGGAACACUGAAGAUAUUCUCACAAUGCUUAUUAUUAAGUAUAUCUUUGAAAAAUUCCUCCCCCCCCAUUAUAUUAAGGUAGGCUGCUUUCCUGACCUGUUUCAGAGAGAAUCUUAAAUAUGUGACUUUAAAAGAAAAGGAACUUUUCGCCUGCUGUAGAUAUAUAGGUGUAAUUUUGGCUUUAAGUGUUCUGUAUUGUUUGCAUUCACAGUCAACAUGUACCAUUACACUUUUCAAAAUUGCUUGUUUUGUGUUACCACCUCCUCUUCAAACUGUCUUAUGCGGAGAUUUGUAGUUCAGGAUAUGGCAAACUUACAUUUUAGAUAACUUGAUUUUAAAAGGUGCUAUUUCUUUUAUUACAUUACAUUUUAAUCUUUCCUCCUGCAGCUGAAUAUUUUAACAAGCAAUGUGCAUUAGGUUACCAAGUCUCAAAAAUGCUGAUGUUCAUUCUGUUCCUAACAUGGCUUGAUCCGUUUUCAUCUUGAAUUUUUAUACAGAAGAAGCUUUCAGGGAAUUUUCCCCUUUGGUAACAUAGCAUAAGCCGGUCACAUAUUUAUCUUGUGAGAUGCCUGUCUUACAAAAGAUAGGUUUAAUCCUCUUCCUAAAACUAUGUUAAUUCAACUUGUACUCCCUGCCAGCAGCUGUAAUACUCUUUCCCCUUAAGUUGUAGAAUAUCUGGAAGUAGGAAUUGUGAUCAAUUUUAAUAAAAAUGAAGAUGCAUCAAA